AGCACAGAGUCCUGGGAAUGGUGUCAGUGUUUUUGUAGGGCUGUCUUUGAGAUGGAUUCCUUUGGGUCUCCCUCUAUACUUUUGCACAGUGCUCCGGUGGACGACCGGCAGGACACAGCAGCGACAUCUCCGCGGCGGGCGGCGGGCGGCGGGCGGCGGGCGGCCCAUGGAGCCCGGGCUGCUGCGGCCGGCGCCGGUGAGUGAGGUUAUUGUCCUUCACUACAACUACACCGGCAAGCUCCGCGGGGCGCGCUACCAGCCCGGCGCCGGCCUGCGCGCAGACGCCGCAGUGUGUCUGGCUGUGUGCGCCUUCAUCGUGCUGGAGAACUUGGCUGUGCUCUUGGUGCUGGUCCGCCACCCUCGCUUCCAUGCGCCCAUGUUUCUGCUCCUUGGCAGCCUCACUUUGUCGGACCUGCUCGCCGGGGCGGCCUACGCCACCAACAUCCUACUGUCCGGGCCGCUCACGUUGCGCCUGUCGCCUGCGCUUUGGUUUGCGCGCGAGGGGGGCGUCUUCGUGGCGCUCGCCGCGUCGGUGCUAAGCCUCUUGGCCAUUGCUCUAGAGCGUCACCUUACCAUGGCCCGUCGUGGACCCGCACCCGCCGCCAGUCGCGCUCGCACGCUGGCGAUGGCGGUGGCCGCCUGGGGCGCGUCGCUAUUGCUCGGGCUGCUGCCCGCGCUGGGCUGGAACUGCUUAGGACGCCUGGAAACCUGCUCCACCGUGCUGCCGCUCUACGCCAAGGCCUAUGUGCUCUUCUGCGUGCUGGCCUUCCUAGGCAUCCUGGCUGCCAUUUGUGCGCUCUAUGCAAGGAUUUACUGUCAGGUGCGGGCCAACGCGCGUCGCCUGCGGGCGGGUCCUGGGUCCCGCAGGGCCACCUCGUCCUCGCGAUCCCGGCACACGCCGCGGUCGCUGGCCCUGCUUCGUACACUUAGCGUGGUGCUCCUGGCCUUUGUGGCCUGCUGGGGACCCCUGUUUCUCUUGCUAUUACUGGAUGUCGCGUGCCCAGCCCGCGCAUGUCCCGUGCUCCUGCAGGCCGAUCCCUUCCUGGGUCUAGCCAUGGCUAACUCGCUGCUGAAUCCCAUUAUCUACACCUUCACCAACCGAGAUCUGCGCCACGCGCUCCUGCGGCUGCUCUGCUGUGGCCGCGGACCCUGCAACCAAGACUCCUCCAACAGCUUGCAGCGAUCCCCCAGUGCUGCCGGACCUUCCGGUGGUGGCCUGCGACGCUGCCUGCCACCAACCCUGGAUCGCAGCUCUAGCCCAUCAGAACACUUGUCCCCCCAGCAGGACGGGGUGGACACCAGCUGCUCCACCGUCAGUCCUGGAGCAGCAACCGCCAACCGGAGCCUGGUGCCUACUACUACAGACUGACGCUUCCCAACUCGCUGUUGCCCUUUGCAAGAACAGACUGACUCGCUAAAUAAGCGCAUCAUCUGUAGGAAAUAGCCAGCGACCGAGGGGGACAUACAAGAAGGAAAGGAAAUUGAUUGAUCACCCCAUAACAAGAACAGAAAAAAAUGCACUCGGGAUCUGAGAUGGACAAUAAGGAAAAGAAGAAAGUGAUGGGAAGGUAUCCAGGUAGUGGGACCUGAGCUGGGAAGCCCUGGAGGAGAGCCAUUCCAUAUGGCUGCAGCAGAAAUUGAGGAGCAGGAGAUGAAAGGGCAGGUUGUGGGGAAGUCUUGUUGGUUCUGAGGAAGUCCUUAGGUUUGGCUCUGAGUGAAGUGGGAGCCAUAGAGAAUUCUAAACAAAGGAGGGACUCUCCUGGAUUCAGACCUCCACAGGUACCCUGUGACUACCAAAGUUCAAGGGGAAUGGCUAAAAGAUGAAGGGAUAAAGGUGUGUGUGGGGGGGGCUCCAAGAAUGCUCAGAACCAGGUGAUGUCUAGAUAGAGUGUGCUAAGGGCUGGCAGGAGUAGUGGCUGGCUACAGAGGAAACAGAGCUGUGGACAAAGGCAUUAAGGUAAGCCUAGGUCCUGAAAUUUGGCUCUGGAGACUGUCAGAUAUCAGCUGCCAAACUUCCAGAGUGUGGACAGGUUCUUCAUACAAAUUACAACCACAAUAAAAACAAUUCAAGGAGUUGUCCUUACUGGGAUCAUCUAUUGAUUUUUUAAAUUUUCCCCCAGAAAGUUGUAACUAUCAUCUUUAAAAGUGUUUAUUUAUUGGGGUUGGAGAGAUGGCUCAGCAGUUAAGAACACUUGUUACUCUUGCAGGGGACCUAUGUUCCAUUCCCAGCACCCAAGUGGUGAUUCUGGCAACUUCAAUUCCAAGGUCAUCUGAUGCCCUCAUCUGACCUCUGAGGGCACCAGGCAUGCACAUGGUACACAGAUUGAAUGCAGGCAAAACUCUCAUACAAACAAGCUAAAUAAAUCUUUUAAAAUGUU